AUGACUCUGGUCGAGGAAAAUCGCUAUGACCUCUUGCCGACGUUUGGUCUCAAUGCACUCGCUGCAGUCGCCACUGUCCUCGGUGGCUGUGUGAUCUUCAGCAACAAACUCUUGCAGCUAGCGAGCCCAAUGUCGAUGGCUCUCUUACUCAGUGUCUCUGGUGGCAUCACGCUCUUCCAGGCACUCGUUGUGCUGUUUGCAAAGGCACUCAAGGAAUUCGACAUCGCCUUCGAUUCUGACAGCAGUGCAAGCAACGAGAGCGAUGCGGAUCAGGGCACCACGUGGCUCGUCACUACGGCGUGCUUUGGAGGCGGUAUCGGCAUUAGCUACGUCGUUGAUCUGGUCGUGCAGAAGCUCACGCCAGGUCAAAACAUGAAUGGCACAGCGCGAUUGCAGCCGGACCGCCUAUCGUUCGAAGAAGGUCGCAUUGACGUGAAACCGCCAGUCGAGUUCACGCAGAGCCAAGGCAGCGACGUGUUUGUGAAAAUGGACGAAGCCGCCAAGGAAAAGCUGCAGCGUAUGGGCGUGCUCAGUGCCCUUGCGGUGGGGAUCCACAAUAUCCCCGAAGGAAUGGCAACGUUCGUGGCAUCGACAGCGCACCCGUGGGUCGGCUUGUCGCUAGCCAUUGGCGUUGCACUGCACAACAUUGCCGAGGGAGUCGCUGUUGCGACUCCAAUCUACUUUGCAACGAGCAGUCCGUGCCGUGCUUUACUAUGGUGCUUCGUAUCUGCGCUCGCGCAACAUCUUGGCGGUCUCAUUGCGUUCGUCUCCAUGGGUCAACAUGCGGACAAUGGGACUCGAGGCAUUUUGUAUGGCUUGUGUGCUGGCAUGCUCGCCGGCAUUAGCUUGAAAGAGAUCGUGCCAACUGCGUACAUGUACGCCAACGGCCGACCUCAUUUGGUGUCGGCCGGAAGUCUCGCUGGCAUGUUCCUCAUGUCAGCUGGUCUCAUUGUCUUCAAGUAUCUCGGCGUGUGA